GUUCAAAAAUUUUGAACUUUGAUCAAAAUAAGGGAGAAAUGCAUGUUUUAUUAUGUCAUAUAAUUCAAUCUGUCAAACUUGACCAUUAUAAUAUUUGUUCGUAUUUUUAAGAAUAAAAUAUUUUAAUAACCUUACAUAAAUAUAUAUUUAAAAUUUUCAUGUAUCAAGUCCUCUUUUGCAAUAAAACUAAAUGAUAUAUAAAUGAAAUAAUUUUUUUAGCAGUGUUAGAGAACAGUUAAGAAUUUUCGAAUAUUAAUUAUUCCACACGAUUAUAUUUAUAAUGGCUCAGUUUCUGAGGUGGUACAAUCGAAUACUACAAACUCAUCCUUGGAAAACGCAACUUCUGACUACAGGCUUUCUUAUGGGGACAAGUGAUGUUAUAGCACAAACAGCAAUUGAAAAAAAAGAAGCUAAACAGAUAGAACUAAUACGAAUUGGGAGAUUUGCAUUUCUUGGUACUUGUUUUGUGGCCCCAGUGCUGCGUACAUGGUACAAUAUUUUAGAGAAAGCUAUUACUAGUGUGGGGAGAACUGUUGGCUUGAAAAAGGUGCUUUUAGAUCAAAUGUUCUUUUCCCCUUGUUUUCUUGGGUGCUUUCUGUCUGUAUCUGGUUUGCUACAGUUUCAACCAUGGCCAGUGAUUAAAGCAAAAAUAAAUGAAGAAUACUUUAAAGUUCUAAAAACAAACUAUAUGUUAUGGCCUGCAGCACAACUGAUUACAUUUUAUGUUAUUCCUUUACAGUACAGAAUAAUUUUUGUCAGCUUUGUAGCUCUCCUCUGGAAUACCUACUUAGCAUCACAAGCAAACAAAAAUUACAGUGCUCCUGCUGUGUAAAAUAUAACAUGUUUUAAAAUUAAUAAAGAAUAUUUCGACUGAAAA